CGCCGCCACUUCCUGGAGCCGCCGGCCGGGGCCGCUCGCCGCACUCCGCGCCGGAGCCCGCGCCGCCGCCAUGUCCCACCAGACCGGCAUCCAAGCAAGUGAAGAUGUUAAAGAUAUCUUUGCCAGAGCUAGAAAUGGAAAAUAUAGACUUCUGAAAAUAUCUAUUGAAAAUGAGCAGCUUGUGGUUGGAUCGUGUAGUCAGCCUUCAGAUUCCUGGGAUAAGGAUUACGAUCCCUUCGUGUUGCCCCUGUUGGAGGACAAGCAGCCCUGUUAUAUAUUAUUCAGGUUAGAUUCUCAGAAUGCCCAGGGAUAUGAGUGGAUAUUCAUUGCAUGGUCUCCUGAUCAUUCUCAUGUUCGUCAAAAAAUGUUGUACGCAGCAACAAGAGCAACUCUGAAAAAGGAGUUUGGUGGUGGCCACAUUAAGAAUGAAGUGUUUGGUACAGUAAAGGAAGAUGUGUCAUUACACGGGUAUAAGAAGUAUUUGCUCUCGCAGUCUUCCCCGGCUCCACUGACAGCAGCGGAGGAAGAGUUACGACAGAUUAAAAUUAAUGAGGUGCAAACUGACGUGAGUGUGGACACUAAGCAUCAAACACUACAAGGAGUAGCGUUUCCUAUUUCGCGAGAAGCUUUCCAAGCUUUGGAAAAACUGAAUAACAGACAGCUGAACUAUGUGCAGUUGGAAAUAGAUAUAAAAAAUGAAAUUAUAAUUUUGGCCAAUACAACAAAUACAGAACUGAAAGAUUUGCCAAAGAGGAUUCCCAAAGAUUCGGCACGUUAUCAUUUCUUCCUGUAUAAGCAUUCCCACGAAGGAGACUACUUAGAGUCCAUAGUUUUUAUUUAUUCAAUGCCUGGAUACACAUGCAGCAUAAGAGAGCGGAUGCUGUAUUCUAGCUGCAAGAGUCCUCUGCUAGAAAUUGUGGAAAGACAACUUCAAAUGGAUGUCAUCAGAAAGAUCGAG